UUCCCUUCUGCGUAGCUACGCUAGAGUGUGUUCCGGAGCCUCGGCACACAUUUUAUUAUCAAAAAAAAAACACAAAAAAAUAUAUAAAAUAAAUAAACACAAGGGAAGAUUAUUUUUUUGUAAGAAAAAGAAAAACUCGGUGAAGCAGGACUAACAAGUAACCCGUCGAAAAUAGGACGAGAUUUUGGAAGAGAAGGUCAUUUUGUUCCAUUUGAUAACAUUGUUGGAAAGGCGUGGGGUGAUUUCAUAUUAAUAGUUAACCGAGACAUUUUAUUAUAAUUUUUUAUUAGCUAGAAGCUAACGUAGCAGGGGAUUUUUUUUGGUCGAUAUCGCAUCUGUUAUUAUUGUAACGUUAACUAGUCGUAGUUUAAGAAAUAUUGUAGCUACUAGUAACUUUUGUUGUAAUUUAUUUCCUCCAGAAGGUAACGUUAGCUCGCUAGACACCAAGUAGCAGAAUUAGCCAGCCGGCCCGCAUUGCUUUUUUUGAGGCCUAAGUGCGAAGUAGUUAACGUCCAAAACAUUUUUUAAAUUUUAUUUUUUAGCAAGCAACAAAUCUUCGGUGUCAUAAGACACCAUUUCACAGACGUUAACCUGACAACGUAACGUGUUUAUUACCCUCCCGUAUUAUUUAAAAAACCAAAAACUCCGAUCCGGUAGACAUGAAUCCAAGCGCCCCCAGUUACCCGAUGGCCUCCCUCUACGUGGGCGACCUGCACCAGGAUAUCACCGAGGCCAUGCUGUACGAGAAGUUCAGCCCCGCCGGGCCUAUCCUCUCUAUUCGAGUCUGCAGGGACAUGAUCACUCGUCGAUCCCUCGGAUAUGCCUACGUUAACUUUCAACAACCAGCCGAUGCUGAACGUGCCCUGGACACCAUGAACUUCGACGUCAUCAAAGGGAGACCUCUGCGUAUCAUGUGGUCUCAGCGUGACCCUUCCCUGAGGAAGAGUGGGGUGGGCAACAUCUUCAUCAAGAACCUGGACAAGUCCAUUGACAACAAGGCCCUCUAUGACACCUUCUCAGCGUUCGGAAACAUCCUAUCGUGCAAGGUGGUUUGUGAUGAGAAUGGCUCAAAGGGCUAUGGCUUUGUGCAUUUUGAGACCCAGGAGGCGGCUGAAAGAGCCAUUGAGAAAAUGAACGGCAUGCUGCUCAAUGACAGAAAAGUGUUCGUCGGACGCUUCAAAUCCCGCAAAGAGCGCGAGGCUGAGCUUGGAGCCAGAGCCAGAGAGUUCACCAACGUGUACAUCAAGAACUUCGGAGAGGACAUGGACGACGAGAAGCUGAGGGAGCUGUUCGGGAAAUAUGUUCCAGGACCGGCCCUGAGCAUCAGGGUGAUGACGGACGACAGCGGGAAGUCCCGGGGGUUCGGCUUCGUCAGCUUUGAGAGGCACGAGGAUGCUCAGAGGGCUGUAGACGAGAUGAACGGGAAGGAUUUUAACGGCCGCCAGGUCUACGUGGGCCGAGCCCAGAAGAAGGGAGAGCGCCAGACGGAGCUGAAACGCAAGUUUGAGCAGAUGAAACAGGACCGUAUGACCCGCUACCAGGGGGUCAACCUGUACGUCAAGAAUCUGGACGACGGCCUCGACGACGAGCGUCUGAGGAAGGAGUUCUCUCCUUUCGGUACCAUCACCAGCGCCAAGGUGAUGAUGGAAGGUGGUCGCAGCAAGGGCUUCGGCUUCGUGUGCUUCUCUUCCCCGGAGGAGGCCACCAAGGCCGUGACAGAGAUGAACGGGCGCAUCGUGGCCACCAAGCCUCUGUACGUGGCGCUGGCCCAGAGGAAAGAGGAGCGCCAGGCUCACCUCACCAACCAGUACAUGCAGAGGAUGGCCACCGUCCGGCCCGUACCCAACCCAGUCCUCAACCCCUACCAGCCUGCCCCUCCUUCUGGGUACUUCAUGGCUGCCAUCCCCCAGACUCAGAACCGCGCUGCCUACUACUCCACCAAUCAGCUGGCUCAGCUGAGACCAGGCCCACGCUGGGCCACCCAGGGUGUCCGACCACAACACUUCCAGAACAUGCCCAACGCCAUGCGUCCGUCCGCCCCCAGGCCGCAGACCUUCGGUGCCAUGAGGCCCUCGUCCUCCCAGGUGCCACGCAUGAUGGCCGGCCAGAGAAUGGCCACCCAGGCCCUGGGCCAGCGUCCUGCCGGUGCGGCGGCUGCUGCAGCCCCGGUGAGGAUGCCUCAGUACAAGUAUGCAGCAGGCGUGAGGAACCCCCAGCAGCACAUGGCCAGCCAGCCCCAGGUGCCCAUGCAGCAGCCGGCUGUCCACGUCCAGGGACAGGAGCCUCUGACGGCCUCCAUGCUGGCGGCUGCUCCUCCUCAGGAACAGAAGCAGAUGUUGGGCGAGCGUCUGUUCCCUCUCAUCCAAAACAUGCACCCCAGUCUGGCUGGAAAGAUCACCGGCAUGCUGUUGGAGAUAGACAACUCCGAGUUGCUCCACAUGCUGGAGUCUCCCGAGUCUCUCCGCUCCAAGGUGGACGAGGCUGUUGCUGUGCUGCAGGCUCACCAGGCCAAGGAGUCCGCCCAGAAGCCCACCAACCCCGCCGGAGUCCCCAGCUAAGAACCGAGACGGUAAUCCCUUUUAACUUGCUUCACCGAAGAAAAUGGUAGAAAAAAUUUAAACAUGGAAAAAAACCCUGAAAACUCUGAAAACAUUGCAAAAAAUGAAUAAAGUUUUUCUUUACAAAAAAUGAAUACAACAUCUGCCGGGUCUAGAGAAGAUUAAAGCUAGUCCUUGUUAUUAAAAGUUACAAAAGUGGACAAACGAAAAAAUAGCAAAUAAUUAUUGAAAAAUGUUUGAUAAAUGUGACCAUUAAAAGAAAAACAUUC